GAGUGGCCGGUUUGAGAAGGGCUGCCACGAGAGGAAUAAUUUGUUCUGUUCUGUCAUCCGCGCCUGCGCUUCCCUUCGUCUACAAACUCAUUUCGGGACGAUUCACGACAACGUCACUGGAAGCUACCUUCGUCGACGAUGUCGUACUGCACCCGAAUUCUUGGCGGCCAGAGGCUAGCCAUAUUCACGGCAGACAUCCAACAAAGAUGCUUCAGCGUGAGCCCAUUGAGCUUCGCCUCCGCAAAGGUGGCGAUGUCCAAAUUCGAUUCGACGAGCUACCUUCCAUACGAUAAAUUAGAUGAAAAUCUCAAAAUUGUAAAGAAAAGGUUGAACCGGCCAUUGACUCUUUCAGAAAAAGUUUUGUACUCUCACAUCGACGAACCCAGCAAGCAAGAUAUCACCCGUGGCACAAGCUAUCUUAGGUUACGACCAGAUCGCGUGGCCAUGCAAGAUGCCACUGCCCAAAUGGCCAUGUUGCAAUUCAUCAGCUCUGGAUUACCAAAAGUCGCCGUUCCCUCUACCAUCCACUGCGAUCACUUGAUCGAAGCUCAAGUCGGCGGAGAUAAGGAUUUGAAACGAGCGAAGGACAUCAACAAGGAAGUCUACAACUUCUUGAAGACAGCCGGCGCCAAGUACGGCGUCGGUUUCUGGAACCCUGGCUCCGGUAUUAUCCAUCAGAUCAUUCUCGAGAAUUACGCUUUCCCCGGAUUGCUGAUGAUCGGUACCGACUCGCACACACCUAACGGCGGUGGUCUUGGCUGCUUGUGCAUCGGUGUCGGUGGCGCUGAUGCUGUCGACGUGAUGGCCAACAUCCCGUGGGAAUUGAAAUGCCCCAAGGUGAUCGGGGUGAAGCUGACCGGAAGCUUGAAGGGAUGGACCAGCCCCAAGGAUAUUAUCUUGAAAGUAGCUGGCAUCCUCACGGUGAAAGGAGGAACGGGAGCGAUCGUCGAGUACUUUGGCCCUGGUGUCGACAGCAUCAGCUGCACUGGUAUGGCGACUAUUUGCAACAUGGGCGCCGAGAUCGGUGCGACUACCUCGAUCUUCCCUUACAACUAUCGUAUGCAGGAUUACUUGAAAGCAACCGGUCGCUCGGAAGUCGCCGCAGCGGCGGAUCAGCACAAGAGCCUCCUUACCGCGGACGCGAACGCCAAAUACGACCAACUCAUAGAAUUAGACCUCUCCACGCUGGAACCACACGUGAACGGACCGUUUACACCUGAUCUCGCUCAUCCCAUCUCGCAAUUAGGUGCGAACGCCAAGAAGAACGGAUGGCCGAAUGAGAUCAAGGUCGGUCUAAUUGGUUCCUGCACGAACAGCUCCUACGAAGACAUGGGCCGGUGCGCGAGCAUCGCCAAACAAGCCAUGGAACACGGUUUGAAAUCGAAGGCCGCGUUCAAUGUCACACCCGGAUCCGAGCAGAUCCGCGCCACCAUCGAGCGUGACGGAAUCGCGAAAACCCUCCGCGAUUUCGGAGGUACUGUCCUUGCCAACGCUUGCGGACCUUGCAUCGGCCAAUGGGACCGCCAAGACAUCAAGAAGGGCGACAAGAACACAAUCGUCACAUCGUACAAUCGUAACUUCACAGGUCGUAACGAUGCGAAUCCUGCGACCCACGCCUUCGUCACCAGCCCUGAACUCGUCACAGCCCUUUCUAUCGCUGGCCGAUUAGACUUCAACCCCGCGAAGGACAAAUUGAAGGGCAAAGAUGGAAAGGAAUUCCUUCUAAAAGAUCCAUUCGGCGAUGAACUCCCAAGCCGUGGCUUCGACCCUGGCAUGGACACGUACGAUUCACCUCCAGCUGAUGGCAGUAAGGUAAAGGUAGACGUGGACCCGAAAAGUCAAAGAUUGCAGCUCCUGGAACCUUUCGACAAAUGGGACGGCAAAGAUCUCACCGAUAUGACUGUUCUGAUCAAAGUCAAGGGCAAGUGCACCACCGAUCACAUCUCCGCCGCCGGUCCCUGGCUCAAAUAUCGUGGCCACUUGGACAACAUUUCGAACAACAUGUUCAUUGGCGCCGUGAACUCCGAGAAUGGCGAAGUAAACAAAAUCAAGAAUCAAUUGACCGGCGAAUGGGCAGGCGUACCUGACGUAGCCCGACAUUACAAAAAGAAUGGCGUGAGAUGGGUGGCCGUUGGUGACGAAAACUACGGUGAGGGUUCGUCCCGCGAGCACGCUGCCUUGGAACCAAGGCAUCUGGGUGGCCGUGCUAUAAUCGUCAAGAGCUUCGCGCGUAUCCACGAGACCAACUUGAAGAAACAAGGACUGUUGCCUUUGACCUUCGCUAACCCCAGCGAUUACGAUAAGAUUCAGCCGACGGACAAGAUCAGUCUCCUGGGAUUGAAGGAUCUGGCGCCUGGCAAGCCAGUGAAAGCGGAGAUCAAGCACAAGGACGGCAAAGUUGACUCCAUCACGUUGAACCACACCAUGAACGAUCAACAAAUAUCCUGGUUCAAGGCAGGCUCCGCUCUGAAUCGCAUGAAGGAGAUUGCCAGCGGAAAGUAAACGCGUUUUGUCAUCCAGGAAGUGCGAAGGACCGUCAUCGUUCGCAAAGACGUGCACUAUCGUAGCUAGUUGCGUAUAUACCGAUAGCGGAUCGCGAAUGAAGAUACGUUUCGGGUACGAUACUUUAAUUCUCCAGGUAGAUUUCUGUAAUCGUGAACAUCGUCGCACGUGGAUUUCACGUAUCGUGCCGAUCGCGAAAUAACGUCUGUGGUGUCGAGAGGAUCGCUUGAAACGAGCGUGUUCAACGCUGACGAUCAGUGUUGGGUAAAUUUAUUUUCUUCGCGAAAUACCUCAACACGUCCACCAUCCGUUUCGUCGAAGAAUGAUAAACCGAACCGGGAGAAGCGCGUAUCUAGCAAUGUUUUUAGUACACGUUAACUCUAGGAAAGGAUUAAUCGAAUCGUUUAGACUGCCCUUGUUCAUUUAUCGCGACUGAUAUCGCGCCGUGAGAGUUCGACUGACGACGUUUCCUGGCGAAAAUCGAACAGGGGUAAUUUCCAUGCGCGACGACGGGGUCGGAUAUGCAACUUAGGCGUGCCAACGUGUUCAUUUUUAAGUCUUGUACAGCCUACCGAUGGCACCCUAAGCAUUGCGUGUGUUCCUGUCACGCGCGUGUCUCUCGUUUUUCGCUCGUUGAAGUCUUGUGUAUAUAUUGUUCAUCAAGUAGCCAACAUUCUGAUUAUACAGUUUUCUAGAUACGACUAAUGAGAUAUAAUGUAUGAUCGCUGUUAUUACUAAAGAUCAAAUAAAAUGAAUUUCGCAGCGAGAA